GUAGAAAAUGACGUACAAAAUUCAAAAAUUUGCAUUCAUGCUACCUGAAAAUGAAGAAUCGAAAAAUGAUAGAAGGCUUGGACUGUAUGACCAGAGAAAUCAUGCUCUGGAGAAUCAUUAUUAUUUUUCAGGCAAAUACACUGAGGAUAGGUUCAACGGCUAUGAUAAUUACUACCAGAAUUUCAGAGAAGAAGACACUCAUGAACCUGAACCUUGUGAUGAAGGAGAAAGAAGUAAAUCUCCAGUCAAAUCAUCAUGAAAUAAUGCAAAGGGAAACCUAAAUUUCGCAAGAAGAGCAAUAUCCCAUAAUACAAAAUAAAUUAGACAAGGAAUCGUACUUUAAGUCUCGUACCAGUUUUGGGAUAGCCCCAAGUUUUGAUGGUUAUGCCUCAGAACAAAAGAAAAGAACCAUUAGUCGCUGAAAUGAUAAUUUAUCGAGCAAGCAUUAUUAUCACAGAGGUUCGAUCGAAAAUACUCAAAUCCCUGAUUCCAAAAGAUUUAAUCUAGAGAAAUUGAACUAUGAUAGAAGUUCAUACAAGUCCUUACAAAGAUCCAAAAGGUCCAUUAAAACCAGCAUGGCUUCAUAUUACACAACUCACAAGAUAAAUACUAAAAACAGUAAUUUCAAUACAAAUAUGGGAGGCAGGAACCCAUAUUGGCCUAAAAUCAGCUCAACAAAACCAGAUAGUUAUGCUAAAUCCGCUACCAAAUAAAAAGAGAAGGUUAGAAGUACAAGAGAUGCCUCAAGAAAUAAGCUUCUGAGACUUCGAAACCAACCCUGAAAUGAUAACUACUCAACACAAAUAUAAGAGUGACUUCUCAAGAGCUCUUCAAGAAAAUGAAUUUACCGAUUCGAGUUCUCACCACAGAUUUCAGCCACAGAUUGAUUGCGGGAGGUAUAAAGCCAAUGCUAUAAGCACCAAGCCGCACACAGAGGGCAAAGAGAGCAUCUUCUCCUUCGGAGAAGAUGACCGGCGCUCAAACCCUCCGAAGAAGUUGGUUAUUAAAAAGAAAAAGUUAAACCAAAGGGCGAAAAUGAAGCUAGAAAUUGAGAACAUUAUCAAGCACAUCAAGGACCCAUCUGCCUCUCUGCAGAGAGUCAGAGGAGCCUAUGAGGAGCCUGAGGAUGCAGAAAUAAGAAAGCUCCUGCUUUCUUACUGCUACUUCCUGAAUGACUCACUCGAUUCUGAAACUUCUGCUGAUAAGUUGUUCAAAGUAUCUAAGAAUGUUUACAAGCUGUUGAAGACUUUCAACGGGUCCAAAGAAAUCCGCUUGUAUAUUAAGACUCUUGUCAGAAUUGCAGAGGCUAAGAUUAAUCAUCUGAAUAACAAGCGCAAGGCUAUUUUGGAGGUGGAAAAGGAAGAAUCGCGCCAAAGCUCCAUGUCUCCAGAGAGAUCUCUCAAAAGAAGCGAGAAAGACUUUGAGUUUGAUGUCAUGAUGCUCUGUGAAAAUUAUUCUAAAAAAUUGAUCACUAAGAAGGAAAUGAAGAAAACUCUUAAAAAGUUAUUCCAGAAUACCAAGACUAAGCUUACAAUGGACAAUACUGAUGAAUUUAAGCAGACUAAGAAGAAUGAGAAGGAGGUAGAAAUUGGUGUUCCUAGAAACUUAACACCCAUUAGAGCAAUCAGGGAAGCACCCUACAAUGCUGAUGAAUUUAUUCAAUUGAAGAGAGCUCGAACUCCGAACGGUAGGGAUACAAUGUCUCUCUCUGAAUCUCAAAUUAUCUCUACAAACCAGGACACUUGGAAAAAGAUUCAUAAAAAGUUUAACAAAAGAAAGAGCUCCAGGGCCUCCUCUACAAGAUCUAACAGGAGUCUCUCUAACAUGUCAAUUGGUGAUUUGAAGACCUUCAAUUUUGAAAGGACCAAGAAGGGUAAAAUCUACAUGAAAAUCAACGAUCAAGAUUCACACCAGAGUCAAGAGAAGUUCAAGCCAAAUGAGUCCUUUAAGGAGUGGACAAAGGUGAUUGAGCGUAAAAAUGUGGAUAAAAUCCCUUUAAGAAGGAUCAACCAGAUUAACAAACAGAAGUAAAUUCAAUAUUUUCCACA